AUGGGAAAUGCGGAAUCGUCGACAGCAGAAGGCGAAGGAACUCGUAAGCAAGGAAAACCAGUGCCGAAACUUUAUCGUUUUGUUGAUAUGUACGGAGGUGGUGAACUGAUACCAUGGAUGAAAUAUGCCAAGGAUACCGGUGAUUCAUCGAUUAUUGACGAAUUCAUUGAGACGAAGGUUUAUAGCAGGAUUUUUUCAUUGAAAGAGUUCAUGUACAACUCCGGAAGAGGUAAAAUGGUAGCUGUAGCUGAAUUGGUGAAAAUUCGGAAUAAAGAACGGAAUGCGAUGCUUAGCGCUUUGAAGCGCAAAAAGGGCAAAGGGAAAAGUGGGCCUAAUAUUCUCGAUGAAUUUCGACAAGAAGGCGAAAAUCAGGGCGAUUUGAAAAAGGCUCUGAAAUUGCUCGAAGGAGAUGAUAAACGUGGAAAAUCUGAAUGGAAGUAUCGAGAGGUGACGUGGAAACUGGAGGAGCGUGGUUUAAUGGGCGAGAAUCUCGUUGGUGUUUGUCUUCUGCAGGGAACGGCUAUCCAUAAUCAGCUUGCUAUCAAAUUAAUCAAAGCUUAUCCAAAACUUGUCAAUGAUAUAUUCAUUAGCGAAGAUUACUAUGGUCUCUCACCUUUACAUCAAGCAAUAAUUAAUGAAGAUCCUGCUAUGGUAUUAUUUCUGCUUCGACAUGGUGCUAAUAUCAAUCAGCGUUGUUACGGCGCAUUUUUUUGUCCUGAUGACCAGAAAAGCAGUCGUACAGAUUCGUUGGAACAUGAAUAUGUUGAACUCAGUUUAAAAACUACUUAUAACGGUAGAAUGUAUUUUGGCGAAUAUCCGUUAUCAUUUGCCGCAUGCAUCAAUCAGACCGAUUGUUACCGCAUUUUAAUCGCAAAACAUGCCGAUCCAAAUCGGAAAGAUACAAACGGCAACACAGUACUUCAUCUAGCUGUAAUCCAUGAACAACCAGAGAUGUUAAAACUCUGUUACGAUACGGGUGCCAAAUUACAAAUAAUGAACAACCGAAAUUUGACACCAUUAACAUUGGCAGCUCAUUUGGCAAAAAAAGAGAUGUUUGAACAAAUUUUAAAACUGGAAGCAGACGUAAUCUGGAUGUACGGUAACGCAAGCAGUCACGCUUACCCACUUGCGAAACUGGAUACUAUUAAUCAGGAAACGGGCGAACUUAAUGAAGAUAGCGCUCUUUCAUUGAUCGUUUAUGGGGAAACGACGAAACAUCUACAACUUCUCGAUGGUUUAUUGGGUGAUCUACUGCAAGUAAAAUGGCAAUCAUUCGGGCGAACACGGCUUGCUUUAUCAUUUGGCUGCUAUCUACUCUUUUACAUUUGCACCUUUACUGCAUUUAUGUGCCGACCAUUUUCAUUAACUGUUGGGAGUAUUACUGUGAAGUAUUAUAAUACUACGGUUAUGAUCAAUGACGAUAAUUCAUCAUUCAACAGAACUGAUUACGGCAAAACAAUGACAACAUUACUGGUGGGAACAAAUUUAGUGAAGGAUAAUGAAAAGAGCCUCCAAAAAUUAGAAUUAUCAAAUGAUGAUUAUUCGUGUCGUCAUUGGUGGUACUUUGGACAAGGAUGGCAACAAAAUCUUCGUCUAGCAGCCGAGCUUGCGGUACUUUUAAUGACCGUAUUUCAAGUUGUUGACGAUGCAAUGGAUAUUCGUAGCAGCGGCAGAAAGCGGUGGUGGCGAAUACUGGUCAAAAUCAUUCCCAGCGAAGAUUGCAUACAAGACAUCAUUCGUGCUAAUCUUGCUGAUAAUACCGUUUCGUUUGAUGUGUUCAGUGACCCCAGCAAUGCUUUUUUUGAUAAUGCACUUUCGUUGCUUGUCGUACUUUUAAUUAGCGUACACUUUUUAUUUUAUUCAAGAGCUGUAAAAUUUAUCGGACCAUUCGUUUUGAUGAUAUACACCAUUUUGUCGCGAGAUUUGAGUCGAUUUUUUCUCAUCUAUGCCAUUUUUUUAAUCGGCUUUUCUCAGGCAUUUUACAUUAUCUUUAUGUCAUGUAAUCGUCAGAGAGCUAAUUAUCAAAAUGGCACUUUGUCGAGGGAUACCGACGGUAUUAUGAAUCAUCCAAUGGAGGCAAUAAUGAGAAUAUUUAUUAUGACCAUCGGUGAAUUUAUGGUUUUUUAUCGCAAAAUGGUCAUUUUAUGUGACCGAACAAUGAUGGUCUACAUUGGCAAGGCAAUGUUUGUUAUCUAUGAAUUAUUUGUCAGCGUUAUGCAGCUUAAUUUACUGAUCGCAAUGAUGGGGAGAACGUAUGAUUUAAUAUCCGGAACACAAACUGAGUGGAAACGACAGUGGGCGCAAGUCAUUCUCAUGCUGGAGUUUUCACUGAAUCCAAAAGCUCGCCUUAAUGCAUUGCUCAAAUAUUCACGACCAAUUGGUACCAACAAAGGAGAACGAGCAUUUGUUGUUGUACGCAAAACCAUGUGCAAUUCAUUGUCAGAAACAGAGAAACACCUUCGUGGAAUGCAAGAACAAAGCAUGCGCGAAAAGAAGCGAGCUUUAUUAAAAAGACGACUGAAGGAUCGUGAAUGAACCACGCUGCAUAACGCUUCCGUGCACCAAGGAAUCAAAUGAACCAAUUGUCAGAAUUUCGACUGAUUGAUUCAUCAUGAUACUAAUUACUCAUCUUUGAUUUUGAUAGUGCUGCUAAUGAAAAAAGAAAACACUAGAGUUCUAUUUCAAUGUUAUUAUGCCUUACAAACAGAAUAUGCAGGAUGCUGCCAUUACCUGACGAGGAUUCGAUGUUGCAAAAAUUGAACAGGGUCAAGACAAAUGCAAAAAAGGCGGACAACAGCAUGUUACAUAACAUUAAAAAGGACAUAAUACUACAUAAUAAUAUAACA